AAAGGAUCCAAAAACCGCCAACGUCUUGGGGUUUUCCCCCAUCGGAGUCAGUACUCAGUAAUCAGUCUAAGACGUGUUUACCAUGAUUAAAUUGAAAAUAGAUAUUUUAUUUUUGGCUAAGAGUUCGUGACUGCUGUUGGACAAUGUCCACUGUCGAUUAUUUGUCGGUAAUCGCUAAUCAGUGUAAUUCCACUCCGUUACUAUUUAAUACUUAUUAGUUGCUAUGUCUUACCAUAAUUCCGCCAUCCGUCCGUCAACCGUCAGAUACCUAACCUAACUAACGAAUUUGGGUAACGCUAUUCCCAAUUUAGCCCCGAAUAUGGAUUUAUCAAUAAUGGAUUUUGUGUUAAAACACUUACCAGGCUAUUGGGAUCCCGUACCUUCAUAUACAACCAGCAAUAAGUUAUUCAUUAUUUCGCAGUCGAGGAACCCUGAUGAAUGCCAAUAUAUCGAAACGAUGUUUUACGGAGCAAACAUCAGUCGAAUCUUAAGAGUGCAAAAUCCAUUCACGUAUGCCCGUUACAUGUUCAGGCGUGAAAUGAUUCAAUCCACUUAUGAAGAUACAGUUUUUCACGGAGUUCACAAAGAUGAUUUGAAUAUAGCAUUGAAAUUUAACUGUGAUUAUAGAAGAUAUACAAAGAAACGAGAUGGAAUAUAUGAAAACUCUCAACAUCCCAUGUUUUAUAAAUCAUUCUCAGAUUUAUUAAACAAUACUAUACAUCCUAUUGCAGACAUAAAUGUCUUAGUUUUAAAAAUAAUGACAGAUACACCAAAAACACAGUGUGAUUAUUAUGUUCAAUAUAUUGUUGAAUUUUGAUUUAUUUUUUAAUUAAAA